AUGGUCAAUGCAUAUGGAUCUUCUGGCCAAUCAUUUAUCGAGAAUGCAUAUAUCAUUGAAUUUGAUGAAAUGCCGACAUCACAUCUUCAACAUCAUCAUCAUCAACGUCGUCGAACUUCUUUUUACGAUGAUCUCCAGUAUCAGAAUAUUAGUCAUCAAGUUCGUCAAGAAUUUCAAUUCAUCAAUGCUGUUUCUCUUUCUUUUGCUACCGAUCAAGAUGUGGAUUUGUUUAUGAAAACUGCCAAAGGAAUCAAACGUACUUGGCCCGUGCGUGUUGUUUCUACUCCAAAUGUGGAAUUCAGUACUGCUAUUCAAACUAAUGUCGCUUCAGCUUUAUUUGAAUUUUAUAAUACUACUGGUGUAAAUCGUGUACACGAAGAAUUCAAUUUACGUGGUAAAGGAAUCAAGGUUGGUAUCAUUGAUACUGGUGUUGACUAUACUCAUCCUGCUCUCGGAGGAUGUUUUGGUCCUGGUUGUCGUGUAGCUUUUGGAUAUGACUUUGUUGGUGAUGAAUACAAUGGUGAAAACGAUGCUACACCCGAUCCUGAUCCAAGAGAUAUUUGUAAUGGUCAUGGAACUCAUGUUGCUGGUAUCGUUGGUGCAAAAGAUCUUGUUAAAAACUUUACUGGUGUGGCUCCAGAAGCGACACUUGGUGCUUAUCGAAUUUUUGGUUGUGCUGGAAGUAGUGCUGAUGACAUUAUUAUGAAAGCCAUGGAACGUGCGUAUCUUGAUGGAAUGGAUAUCAUCAAUCUUUCUUUGGGUGAUAAUGGAUGGCCAAAGUCUCCAGCUUCUCUCUUGGCAGAUAAACUUGCAUUACUUGGUAUGGCUGUUUGUGCGGCUGCUGGUAAUGAAGGUGAAAAAGGGAUUUUCGAAGUUGGUGCUCCAUCUCUUGGUCGUCACGCUAUUUCUAUUGCAAGUGUGGAUAACUCUAUGGUAUUAGCCCAUUCUAUUAAACUCGGUGAUACUAACUUUGGUUACACGACAACGAGUGGCAAGGCAUUUGAUGUGGAAGAUACUGAUAUUGUACCCGUUUCUACAAAAUUUUCAAGUGAAAAUGAUGGUUGUAAUCCUAUUGAUAUCAAUCUAAAAGACAAGGUGGCCUUAAUUGCUCGUGGUGGAUGUGUCUUUGCUGUUAAGGUUCGUCAUGCUCAGGAAGCUGGUGCUGUAGCUGCCCUCAUUUACAAUAAUGUCUUUGGACUCCUUACUCCCUCUGCUCAAGAUCAUGAUAUCUCUAUUCCUUAUGGUGGUCUCUCUCAAGAAGAUGGAAAGACUUUGUUCGACAAUGCAAUGCGCGCUCAAGAUGGGAACAAGUAUACUUUUCUGAAAAAUGAAAUGGGUUUCAAUACACCAACAGCAGGUUGGAUUAGCUCCUUCAGUUCCUGGGGUCUUGGUCCAGAUCUUAGUAUCAAACCUGAUAUUACUGCACCAGGGGGUCUGAUUUAUUCAACGUAUCCGGUAACACUCGGAAGUUAUGCUACUCUUAGUGGAACAAGUAUGUCAAGUCCUUUUGUUGCUGGUAUUGUGGCAUUAUUACAUCAAUCUCGGGGUAAUGGACGUAGUUUUCCUCCGGAUGAACUUCGAACAAGGCUGAUCAACAAUGCACAUCCAGUGAAAGUAGUCGAUAGCAGUGUUCCAGAAUCAGUGGCACGUCAAGGUGGUGGACUUAUUGAUGUUUAUCAGGCUUUAAAAUCAACGACAUCUAUCUCACCGGAACAUCUUCGACUAAAUGAUGCAAGUUAUGGCAAUCCCAACAAUGAAUAUACUUUCACUAUCAUGAACAAAGAUCGGAUGGAAAUGGAAUACACCAUAUCUCAUGUAUCUUCAGCAACUGUACAAGGAUAUGAACCAGGCGCAAAUGGUCAACCUAUAGUCCCUUUGGCAAAACCCAAGUCUUUUUCAAGGCAUGAAGCGGAUGCUACUAUUAAUAUUCCAACACCAAUGAUCAAGAUCAGGCCAAAUGAAAGUGUCAAUGUUACUGUACAAAUUACACCUCCAAGCGGUUCAAAUGUACCAUCCAUCUAUUCUGGCUAUUUGUUGAUUGAGAAGGACAAUGGUAAGGAAUCUUUAUAUCUCCCUUAUGCUGGUUUAACAACAAAAAUGUCGGCUAUCCCUGUGCUUUUAAUGAAUGAUUCGAUGCCAUUUAUGAUGGGGGAUCGUGUUCAUCGUGAAACACCGGGUUUUCUCUCUUUUCAAAUGUCUCUAGCUUCCGAAUUGGUGAUGGUGAUGGUAGCCGAUGCAAAUAAUGGAACGAAAACAUAUGGUUGGAUACCUGGUGGUUAUUCAAACUUUGUUGGUAGGAAUGAUCUUAGAAAUCCUGCUGAUGUGUAUACUUUACAAUGGUUUGGUACUGUGGUAACUGUACGUGAAAUGGCGCUGAACGAUCUUUCAUCUGUAUCAAGUCGAUUCCAUCCUUAUACUUUUGCUGCUUCUUUAGAAUCCAUGAAGAAACCUAUGAUGAAUGUUGGUGAACCUCUACCUCCUGGAGAAUACAGAUUGAAGAUUAUGGCUCUACGCGCAUUUGGUGAUGAACAUAACAUUCAACAUUAUGAUAUUUGGACUUCUUCUCCCAUUAUGGUAGAUGGAUAAUGUAUGAAUUGUUUUUUAUAUUUAUUUGAAUUUGAUAGUUUUUCUAUGGGAUACUUUUUUUUUUUUGUAUUGUAUAGUUUAGUUUGUUAUAUAUAUCUACUAUUUAUACUACACCCACACAUACACUCAUA